AAUAAAGAAGUAAAGAAAUUAAAAAAAAAAAAUGUGAGUGAGUCAAUGUCAAACAUGAAACAAGUAAGAUUAAAAGAAGAGAAGCAUAAUAUUAUAUUAUAUGAAUUUUAGAAACAUUAACAGUAGACGCGUUUUCAAAUAUUUUGUUGGGGUCUAAAUUAGCCAACAAGCACGCGAACAUGGUUUUCGAUCUUUUAGUUUACCCAUUUGCUUAUUCAACUGAUCAGAUUGUUCGAUUUUGGUGUCUCUGAUUAGUUCCAACCUUGUUUAUCCCCUCUGUUCUAAUAAAAAAUAAGCAAAAAAGAAAUCUUGUUUUUGGCUCCCAGUUUGGUUCGUGACAACGUUUUUAUAAUUUUAUUGGAAAAAAAAAAAAAUAUGAUCGAAAAAUGGAAAUUCAAUCGAUUCAGGAAUCGGAUGAGUGUGCUGGCUAUGGUGAUGACAUACUUCUUGGUUCAUAAUUUGAUCUUUUGUUCGUCUAUGAAUGAUGAAGGUUUGGCGCUUUUAAGGUUUAAGGAAGGAGUUACAAGUGACCCUUUUAACGCUUUGUCUAAUUGGAAAGAUGAUAUUGGAGAGGUUGAUCCAUGCUCCUGGUUCGGGGUCGACUGUUCUUCAGAUGGAAAAGUCGUCGUUUUGAACUUGAAGGAUCUUUUCCUUGAAGGAACACUAGCACCAGAACUUACAAUCCUUGGCCACUUGAAAUCAAUCAUCUUGCGCAACAACUCCUUCAGUGGAUCGAUUCCUGAGGGGAUCGGCGAGUUAGAAGAAUUGGAGAUACUUGAUUUAGGAUAUAACAACUUCAGCGGACCCCUUCCGAAAGAUCUUGGCAGAAAUUUGUCACUUACAACCCUACUCUUGGACAACAAUGGUCUUAUGGGUAGCUUGUCCCCUGAACUGAAUGCACUAAAGAUGAAUUCUGAGUUUCAAGUUGAUAAAGUACAGAUGUCUGGUGCAGCUAGAGAAUCAUCUUUCAACCAAAUAUCAAGUUUUUGGAUGCAAGCUGAAGAUUUUAUUCACCGACGAGUGCUGCAGGCCAAGAGAGCAGAAUCACCUAAUCAAGUUCCUGUUAAUCCAACAUCUCAAGGUGGACAGAAAGUUUCCCCUUCACCAUCUCCAUCUUCAUCAUCUGCUCAAGAAGAUACUGCACCACCAUCAAAAUCAAAAACUCCACCCAAAAUACCAAAGGCUGCACCAGCGCCAGCGCCAUCUCCCUCUUCACCAUCGCCUUCUUUGGCACCGCCUCCAGUUUCUAUUCCUAAAUCAGCUUUGCCUGCCAGAAACAACAAACCCUCUUGGAGGAGUCAUCAUACUGCAAUAGUGGCUGGAUCCCUUGGAGGAGCUGGUGUCCUUGCAGUUGCAAUACUCGCCUAUCUGUGUAUAUCGUCCAAGGUAGCUAAUGUCAAACCAUGGGCAACAGGAUUGAGUGGACAGCUUCAGAAAGCAUUUGUGACAGGUGUUCCAAAGCUUAAGAGAUCAGAGCUUGAAGUAGCUUGUGAAGAUUUCAGCAACGUAAUAGGUUCUUCACCAGUUGGUACACUAUACAAAGGGACAUUGUCCAAUGGAGUUGAAAUAGCUGUAGCCUCUCUUACAGAGACAUCUUCCAAGGAAUGGUCAGAAAAAUUACAAGUCCAGUUUUGCAAGAAGAUUGAUAUAUUAUCAAAGGUGAACCACAUGAACUUUGUCAACCUUAUUGGGUUUUGUCAGGAAGAGGAACCUUUCACUAGAAUGAUGGUUUUUGAGUAUGCGCCAAAUGGAACACUCUUUGAGCACCUACACAUAAGAGAAGCUGAGCACCUUGACUGGGGAAUGCGUUUGAGAAUUGCAAUGGGCAUGAUUUACUGUCUGGAUCAUGUUCACCAUCUGGAGCCACCUACAGCGCAUAACAAUUUGAAUUCCUCGGCUGUUCGUCUCACAGAAGACUACGCUGCAAAAAUUGCCGAAUUCAGUUUCUGGAAUGAGAUUGCUGUAGCUCCAACAGAAUUUCCCCCCGAGAUGAAGAAGCAUCCAAAUACAACUAUGUCAGUCAGCCCAGAAAGUAAUGUCUACAACUUUGGAGUUAUUCUGUUUGAAAUGGUCACAGGUAGGCUUCCUUACUCAGUGGACAAUGGCUCACUUGAAGACUGGGCAUCAGACUAUCUUAAAGGAGAUCAACCCUUGAAAGAAAUGGUCGAUCCGACUUUAAGUUCAUUCCAAGAAGAACAAUUGGAGCAAAUUGGGCAAGUCAUUAAGUCUUGUGUUGAUUCUGACCCGAAUCAAAGACCUACAAUGAGAGAUGUUGCUAUGAGGCUGAGAGAUAUAACUGGAAUAACACCUGAUGGAGCUUCACCUAGACUCUCACCUCUUUGGUGGGCAGAGCUUGAGCUUAUGUCCACAGAUGCACUCUAAAAAUUGUAACUUAGAAAAAUGUAAGUACUAAAAAAAUGUUCUUCAGUCUUAGUUUUGGCAAUGCUUGUGCUUAUAGCAGUUAGAGAAUCUUUUACUUGUACAUAGAUGGAAUAGGAGGGAAACAUGGGAAAUUCUUCUUCCCUUUUCCCCACUUUUAAAUUUUCCUCCGCUUGGUUUCGAAAUCAAUGUGACAAAUACACAACAAAAAGUUCUUCUACUUCAUUUUUGAGAA